AUGUCGCGUGUAGUCCAACCCGCGACGCAACCGUCGACAUGCACCCACCGUGUGCCUUCUGAACGCAUCAAGAGUCGUUGCGGCGUCCGAACGCGCGCGAAUUCGCGUCCGGAAGAUGAAACCGCGUCCACGAGCAGACGCCAAAUCAUCAACUCGUUCGCCUCUCUCUCCCUCGUGAUCCCUCUGGAGGCAACCGCGACGACGAAGAUCGAAUACGAUAGACGUCUGGUAGAUGCCUACGCGUUCGAUGUCCCCCUCAAGGUCAGAGCGCUUCGUGGGAGCACGGCGCAGAACGCGAGCAGGGAAUUCGCGCAGACGCAAACGAGACGCGUCAAGUUGGAGCUGAGCACGACGCCGUCGAUCGCGCGUUCGUAUGAGGAAUUGUUACGGCCAGGAAAGAGAAUUGGUAAAAAGGGGAUAGAUUGCGCGACCUUAGGGGACGAGUGGUUGCGACCGGCGAUCGAACGCGGGUUGAUAUUGCCGAUACCGAAUGCAGAGCGGAGCGCGUGGUGGAACGCGAUCCCGCCGGUGUGGAGACAGCUCGUGCGGAGAGAUCCGAGGAGUGGUUUGCUGAGCUCGAGUGGGGAUAUCUUCGGGGCGCCGUACAGGUUCGGGUGCGUGACGAUCGCAUACAGGAAGGACAAGCUGCCAAAGGGGGUGAAGCCGCCGACGGAUUGGAGCGACUUGUUUGAUCCGCGCUUGCAGGGGAUGAUCGGGAUGCCAAACGCGCCGAGGUUGGUGCUGAGCGCGGCGUUGAAGGCGGAGGGGAUGUCGGUGAACGUCGGGGACGUGGGCGGGGUAGACGGAAGGGUGAGCGCGCGCGUGCGUCAACUGCGUGAGAGCGUGAAGGUGUUUGAUGAUUUGCAAUACUUGCAAGCCCUCGCGUGCGGCGACUGCGCCGUUGUCGUCGGGCCGUCGGAGGACGUAUUCUCCGUCGCGAGACGAUCGACACUGAUCGUUCCCGUGGUCCCGCGAUCGGGGACGACGCUCUGGAGCGAUUGCUGGGUGGUACCGACGACGAGUGUCACAAACGUCGGCGGCGGGCCAUCGCCCGCGUUGGAACAAUGGAUAAAUUACACCCUCUCGCCGGCGCGCGUGAACAUGCGAGUCGGUUUGAAGGGAGGUAUUUCACCGCUCAUGUUCGACGGUCGCGGUAUCGAGAGUGGUUACGCGCGGUAUCCUAACGUUGCUCGUCCCGUGCUCGGGACAUCCGAUGAAGACAUGCUCAAGGGUUGGAUUCCAGACGACUCUGUCUGGGCUGCGAGCGAGUUCCAGCUCCCUCUGACCGAUCGCGUUCGCGCACAAUACGUUGCGAUGUCGCGACGGUGA